UGUCCGGCUGACAAAUGGCAUGCCUCCGUUUUUCUCAAGAACCCAGUGACGUGCGAAACCUGUGCAAUUGCCCACUGCUCUCUGCACAAGACGGACAUAGAAACAAUGAUUCCGACUCGAGUCCUUACUUCCAUCAGACAUCUCUCCACCACUUCCCUCAUUCGAAAAACCACCACCAUGCCUGCCACUAUCGUUAAAGUCCCAGCUAUUGAGAACUUCCACGAGAUUGUAAACAAGACUGUCGAGGAGCACAAGGGCCAGGACGUCUACAUUUACUUUUACGCCUCCAUUGAUCCUGCCACCGGAAAGUCCUGGUGCCCCGACUGCGUCACUGCUGGCCCGAUCGUCGAGGAACGCUUCUCCAAGCUCGAUAAUGUUGUCUUUGUAGAUACACCCGUUGGAGAUCGUCCCACAUGGAAGGAUCCCAACCACCCUUUGCGCCACGACAAGGUGAUCAAGAUCACUGCUGUUCCUACUCUUGUCCAUUGGAACACGAAAUCACAGCUCGUUGAGACCGAUUGCGAGGAUCUUACCAAGUUGGACCAGUUCUUGAAGCGCUCCUGAGCGGUGUCGUAUACAUAUAUACAUAGUCCAAUGCUUUAUACAGUUAUACAAUCGUUUUGCCAGCAUCGUGCAGGUCGUCACUGAACGAUUGUUGGAUCGAUAUGAAAGAGUAACCCUUAAGGAUAAACUCUCAUCUUUGCACCGCACAUUUUCCUGCCAUUAAAAUCGUGCCACCAAAUUAUUAUUAGCGGGCUCCAGUGCGCU